AAGAUGAUUAAUAUCGCCGGCGUUGUCAGCAUCGUGCUGUUCUACAUCCUGAUCCUUGCGGUCGGUAUAUGGGCGGGCAGGAAAAAGGAGUCCGGAAAUGAUUCGGAGGAGGAAGUAAUGUUGGCCGGACGUUCGAUCGGUCUGUUUGUCGGUAUUUUCACCAUGACCGCUACCUGGGUCGGCGGCGGUUACAUCAACGGAACGGCGGAAGCAAUCUACACCUCCGGGCUCGUCUGGUGCCAGGCACCGUUCGGUUAUGCGCUUAGUUUAGUGUUCGGUGGCAUCUUUUUCGCAAACCCAAUGCGAAAACAGGGCUACAUCACUAUGCUGGAUCCGCUGCAGGACAGCUUCGGCGAGCGGAUGGGAGGAUUGCUCUUUUUGCCCGCCCUCUGCGGCGAAGUGUUCUGGGCGGCCGGUAUUUUGGCCGCACUCGGUGCCACCCUGUCGGUGAUCAUCGAUAUGGAGCAGGAGACCUCGGUCAUCCUGUCGGCGUGCAUCGCCGUCUUUUAUACCCUGUUCGGGGGGUUGUAUUCCGUGGCGUACACGGACGUGAUACAGCUGUUCUGUAUCUUUAUCGGGCUGUGGAUGUGCAUCCCGUUUGCGUGGACCAACGACCACGUCAAGAGUCUGUCGUCGAUGGACGUGGACUGGAUCGGUGAGAUCGGUGAGGGCUACACCUGGUUCUAUCUGGACUACGGACUGCUGCUCAUAUUUGGCGGUAUUCCCUGGCAGGUAUACUUCCAGCGUGUGCUUUCCAGUAAAACAGCUGGCCGGGCUCAAAUCCUCUCCUACGUAGCAGCGUUCGGUUGCAUCCUGAUGGCCAUCCCACCCGUACUUAUUGGUGCCAUCGCCAAGGCUACACCCUGGAACGAGACGGACUACAAGGGCCCGUGGCCACUAACGACGCAGGAAACGAGCAUGAUUCUGCCGAUGGUGCUGCAGUAUCUGACGCCGGACUUUGUAUCGUUCUUUGGGCUCGGUGCUGUCUCGGCUGCUGUUAUGUCUUCGGCCGACUCGUCCGUACUGUCCGCAUCCUCCAUGUUUGCUCGCAACGUGUACAGACUGAUCUUCCGGCAGCGUGCUUCGGAGAUGGAGAUUAUCUGGGUCAUGCGUGUGUCCAUUCUGGUCGUCGGUAUACUGUCCACAAUUAUGGCACUAACCAUACCCUCGAUCUAUGGACUUUGGUCAAUGUGUUCCGACCUGGUCUACUGUAUUCUCUUUCCGCAGCUGCUGAUGGUAGUUCACUUCAAGCAUCAUUGCAACACGUACGGCAGCCUGGCGGCGUACAUAAUCGCGUUCAUGGUGCGAUUGUCCGGUGGAGAAUCGAUGCUCGGUCUGCCCGCUCUGAUCCACUAUCCAGGCUACAAUGAAGAAACCAGCACACAGAUGUUCCCCUUCCGAACGAUGGCCAUGAUCAUGAGCCUAAUCACGCUUAUCGGAGUCUCCUGGUGGACAAAGUGGGUAUUUGAAUCGGGCCGAUUCCCACCGCACUACGAUUACUUCCGAUGCGUGGUAAACAUUCCGGAAGAGUUGCACCGUGUCGGCGAACCGUCCGAUUCAGGCGAACAGCUUUCGGUAAUGGCCGGUGGUAUGACGCGUAUGUACGGUGCGGCCACCAUGGUCGGUAAGGACGAGCGCAACGGACGAAUAAAUCCGGCCCUGGAACCGGACGACGAUCUGCCGGUGGUUGAAGCGCAGCGACAGAUGCAACAAUCCGCUGGCGGAGGAGGCGGUGUCGCGGCACCCGGCAGUGUCGUCCCCGGCACCGGACCGGCUCAGGCUCAUACGGCCUUUUGAAACGCACCCACCGGCGCCGGCGUUCGGUUUGACUGAA